UUGCGCGGCCGUACAAAAACGCCGACAUAAGCUUUUGUGUGCGCAGACGUUGGAUUUUCUGGUCGAAUCUAGUGUCCAUCGUGAAUUCCACUUAGCUCCAAGUAUUCGAUUCAUCAGCAUAGAUACGUAUACGUCAUCUCGGCGCGAAAUACCUUCGGUAAUUUAGCUGGCGAAGGUGUUGGGCAGGCGAUUUGUCUUUGGCCGAGUAUUUCAGCGGAACGUUUAGUUGGCCGCGAGUGUUUCCGGAGUGCGGUUUAGCUUUUAUUGGUCGCAUCAAGUUCAAGUAGGUAGGGUUUAAGUGCUAUUAGUGAACGUCCCACACUUCGCUGGCAACAUGUAUCACUUGAAGUCUUUGGCUCGCACGGCUGCUGUGAAGCAGGAAGUCUCGACCCUGGUCAAGGCGCUGCCGACUGCCGUCUCGAACGUGCAGCAAUCCCGGUCGUUCACCGUAGAGCAUCAGAUCCCUGAUCGUCUGAAGGAUGUUCCGACCGCGAAGGACCCUCGCUUCUUCGACAUGGUCGAGUACUUCUUCCAUCGCGGCUGUCAAAUCGCCGAGGAGAAGCUCGUCGAAGAUAUGAAAGGCAAGAUGACUCUCGAGGAGAAGAAAAAGAAGGUCAAGGGAAUUCUGAUGCUUAUGCAACCAUGUGACCACAUCCUAGAAAUCGCGUUCCCGCUGCGACGUGACUCUGGCGAAUAUGAACUCAUCACGGGCUACCGGGCUCAGCACAGCACACAUCGUGUACCCACGAAGGGAGGUAUCCGUUUCUCGCUUGAUGUAUCACGUGAUGAGGUCAAAGCUUUGUCAGCUUUGAUGACAUUCAAAUGCGCUUGUGUCGAUGUACCAUUUGGUGGAGCUAAAGCUGGUCUGAAACUCAACCCAAAGGAAUAUUCUGAACAUGAAUUGGAGAAAAUUACACGUCGUUUCGCCCUUGAAUUGGCCAAGAAGGGUUUCAUUGGACCCGGCGUAGAUGUACCAGCCCCUGACAUGGGAACAGGUGAACGUGAAAUGUCUUGGAUUGCUGACACUUACGCCAAGACUAUUGGAUAUAUGGAUAUUAACGCUCAUGCUUGCGUCACUGGCAAACCAAUUAACCAGGGAGGUAUUCAUGGUCGUGUAUCUGCAACAGGACGUGGUGUUUUCCACGGUUUGGAAAAUUUCAUCAAUGAAGCUAAUUACAUGAGCAUGAUUGGUACCACACCUGGUUGGGGAGGCAAAACUUUCAUUGUUCAAGGUUUCGGUAAUGUCGGCCUUCACACCUGCAGAUAUCUAGUCCGUGCUGGUGCUACCUGCAUUGGUAUCAUUGAACAUGAUGGAUCUAUUUUCAACCCUGAUGGAAUUGACCCAAAACUACUUGAAGACUACAAAAACGACAACGGAACAAUUGUCGGUUAUCCACACGCUAAACCCUAUGAAGGUGAAAAUCUUAUGUACGAAAAGUGCGAUAUUUUCGUACCAGCUGCCGUUGAAAAAGUCAUCAACAGUGAAAACGCUCACUUGAUCCAAGCUAAAAUCAUUGCCGAAGCUGCCAACGGACCAACAACACCAGCUGCUGACAAAAUUUUGAUCGAUCGUAACAUUCUAGUUAUUCCAGAUUUAUACAUCAACGCCGGUGGUGUAACAGUAUCAUUCUUCGAAUGGUUGAAAAAUUUGAACCACGUUUCAUAUGGUCGUCUCACAUUCAAAUAUGAACGGGAAUCAAACUACCAUCUCCUGGCUUCUGUUCAGCAGUCUAUUGAAAGAUUUAUACUUGAUGAAUCUGUUCAGGAAUCUUUGGAACGUCGUUUUGGACGUGUGGGUGGACGCAUUCCAGUCACCCCAUCCGAGGCCUUCCAGAAACGCAUUUCCGGUGCUUCAGAGAAGGAUAUCGUGCACUCUGGCUUGGACUACACCAUGGAACGUUCGGCUCGCGCCAUCAUGAAGACAGCCAUGCGCUACAAUUUGGGCUUGGACUUGAGAACGGCUGCUUACGUUAAUUCAAUCGAGAAGAUCUUCACUACAUACAGAGAUGCUGGUUUGGCUUUCUAGGCCUGCGAUAUGUUUUCGUAUUAAGGACACAAUCAAAAAGACCAUAUCCUGAGAACAAAUCGUGCACUGACCGAAACUCAAUACUAUCGUUUCUCCAAAAAACCUGCCAUUACAUGAUACAUUAUUACUCCACCUAAUCAAUUUAAUUCAGAUGCGAACCAACAUUUUAAUAAUAUCUAUCUACCCCGAACGAGAAGAAUUCUCCCGGAAAGUUGUUAGGAAACAGUUGGCCUCGAACGCUAGUAAUGUAAAGUAGGGACGUAACAUAAAUACAACCAAUUUUAAAUGUCAUUUAUUUAGUGUAAAGUGCAUUUUCAAUGGAACAUUUUCCGUUUUAUAACAAAUACUUAAUAUUAGAUAAAUAAAAAGAAAUAUACAAUUGACUAAAAUGUAAGAUCGAGGAAAAUCGGAAUAGUAAUAGCUUAAUCGAAAAAAGCCUAGGAAUAUUCACACGAAAUAUGAAAUUAUCGCUGGAGGUCACAAUGAAAUCUUCAAGCCAACAUCCAACACGCCGUUUUUCGCAAUAGGAUAUCAUGUUCUUUUUGUUAUGGAAGAAAGUAAAUAUUUCUUUUGCAUGCUAAUGUAAUUUAUAAAGUGUAAGCGGAAAGUACUUCCUUAUUUUAAACAAUAAAACAUUCAACUUAAAAGAA